CGCAGUGGCUUUAGUUUUGUUUGAAGUGAACUGCCGUAGAAGCUGUAAAGUCGCCCCGCGGUUGGUUUCAGCAGAAUACCCCCGUGUUUCCUCCUCAGACCUCAGUGCCUCUAUGCCUCUUAGACACGAUGUUGGGCCACCACUUCCCCACUGCCGACAAGUCGCAGCAGCUGCUCAGCUACGUGGAGGAUUAUCUGGAAUGCGUGGAGACGCUGCCGCUGGAUAUACAAAGAAAUGUUUCCCUGCUUCGAGAAAUUGAUGCAAAGUAUCAAGAGGUGCUGAACGAGGUCGAUGAAGUGUUUGAGAAAUACAAAGGGGAGCAAGAUGCGGCUCAGAGGAAACGCCUGCAGAUCCAGCUGCAGCGGGCGCUCAUCAUCAGCCAGGAGCUCGGUGAUGAGAAGAUCCACGUCGUGACCCAGAUGACGGAGCUGGUGGAGAACCGCUCCCGCCAGAUGGACUCUCACUCCCUGUGCCUCCAGGAGCCCAGCGAGGCGGAGCGGCUCACCACGGAGAGGCGUUCCAGCAUCCAGGAGUCCCCGGCCCCCGAACGCACCUCGACCCGCCGCCCGCGACGUCAGCGCAACAGCGAGAGCCGUGACUCCAGCCACCAGUCUGCCAAUGGCUCUCUGGAUGACCCCGUGGAAGAGCUGUCCCUCCCUCCGCCCCGAGAGAAGAAGUCCAAGUCUGCGAAGAAGAAGAAGCGCAAGGCCAAACAGGAGCGAGACGCCUCACCGGUCGACUUCGCCAUCGACCCCAACGAGCCCACGUACUGCCUCUGUGAACAAGUGUCCUACGGCGAGAUGAUCGGCUGUGACAAUGACCAGUGCCCCAUCGAGUGGUUCCACUUCUCCUGCGUGGGGCUCACCUACAAGCCAAAAGGAAAGUGGUACUGCCCUAAAUGCAGGGGGGACAACGAAAAGACCAUGGACAAAAGCCUGGACAAGAACAGAAAAGACCGCAGGUCCAGGUAGUGACCCCCACCUGGAAGCUGCGUGCAGCCUCGGGGGUGGGUCCUGUCAGUCGUAGUUGAGAGCACUUGUGGUGAUGUAAGAGCACAAUCGAACACCGUUAGCAGCACUUAAUAUUAAUCAGGGGCGGUUUGGGAGUGAGCGCGGGCUGACGGGCUCGCCGGGUGCUGCAGGGAGUCCAGCUGCUGCGAGAACCAUCAGCUUCAGCCUGUUUGAGUUUUUCCUUUUGUGUAUAACAAUAAGUGAAUUCAUUUUAACCUCUUUUUAACUCUGGACGACGUCCACGUCUCUGUGGCCACUUUCUUAAUUGUACUCGGUGACUGGAAUCAUGUCUUACAGGACCGGCUUCUAUAACCUACACGUGUUUAUAAGAGUGAUAUUUAAUGGAGGAGACGGCUGCUGACGAGACACCGGAUGUCAUUUGUGUUUUCACCAGUUCACUAAUGUGUCCAUUUCUUUUUAUAAUCAUUAAAAC